CUCCAACCACCUUUUCUCGCCCGCUGGAUGUGCGCCCCGAGAUCAUAUUGCCCUGCCUCCUCGAGACCCUCGCGGUUUCAUCGCGAUAGAUGCCGACCCUCCCCUCCAUCGGACCAGAGUUCCUCUCUCGAUCGAUCCAGGUUAUUCAAGCUUGUUCUUGCCAUUCCUCCGCUCGUUACUGUUCUCUUUGUCAUAUUUAUUUCUCUCUUUUUGGGUGUAAUUUUGGUCUUACUUCUCCUCAAUUUUUCACAUAUUUGUAUGAAUUUUCGCUUCGUUUUUUCUUGUUCACGAUCCUAAUUUGAAUUGGCGGUCUGUUAUGUUGUUUCAUGUCUCUUUUCUUUGUUGUUUUGGGCCUAUUUUGACGCCAUAUUCGCUAGGUUACUUGGAUUAAUUUUCUUUAACAUGAACACAGAGUCUGUUCGAGAUAUCAGCGAGUCGUGUUGAUAGAACCUUUGAUAGGAUUUUCUACUCGGACUGUUUCUUUGAUGAAAAUAUCAUGCUGCUUUAAAGAAAUUGAAACAAUAAUUGUUGGUAUUAACAGUCUUCAGUUUAAUGCUGAUUUGUGGUAGUUGGUUUCAUGGUCGAGGCAUGUAGUGGAUUGUUUGUAGGUGAGAUUAAACACUUCAACAGGAACUAAGUGGGAAGGCAUACAUCUGUUUUAUCUUCCUUUUUGUUGACAGCGUCAUUCAUUUUGUAUUAAUAAAAAUUGUUCCUGAAUUGGAAAUUCAUUUGAUGUAAUUUUGACUCUGGAUAUAAUAAUAUAAAUUGUUGCAAUAUUAAUCUAAGCAAAAUAAAUAAAUAAAUAAAGGAAAAGAAGAAAAGAAGGACCCUAUUUAUAAACAUCUUAUCAGCUUCAUUAUCAGCUUCAACUGUGUCCAAGUUUUCUUUGACUCAACUUUUAGAUUUUCUUUAUGUACUUGCUCUAUAAAGUACUAUAGUUCAUACCUCUUGUUACUUUUACAUAUUCCCAUAUGACAAAGGUAAACCGUCUUUUGAGGAUGUUGGGUCAAUAAGAAUAAGUUGUGUUAUGUCAUGAUGCCAUUAGCAAGAAACUUUAUAUUGUAAGUUUAACUGACUCAUUAUAGCUAACAACUUAGCCAGUCACAAUAUCAGAUGGUUUUUAUAAUAACAACAACAAAGUUGUAAGCCCCAACUAUUUGAGAUCGGUUACAUGAAUCUUUUGCAGUCAUUGAGAUUUGUAAAAAAGUCAUAAGCUUAGUUACAUUUAAAAUAUUUAAAUAUUUACUUACAGUUUUUAUUAAAGCCUUUUUAUGUCUUCCUCUACCUCUCUUCGUACCACUAACCUUAAUCAUUUCACCUCUUUUAACUAUCGUAUCAGGAUGUCUCCCGAGCAUAUGCUCAUAUCAUCUUAAACGAUUUUGUUUUAUCGUAUCUUCUAUCGAAGCGCAAUACCUAGUUGUUCAUGAAUAGAAAGUAUUUCUUUUCCUAUAUUUCUUAGUAACUCUACACAUCCAUCUGGAUGUUUCCUAAACAUAUGCUCAAACCAUCUUAAACGAUUUUCUUUCAUGUUUUCUUCUAUUGAAGCAAUACCUAAUUGUUCAUGAAUAAAAGUAUUUCUUUUCCUAUAUUUCUUGGUAACUCCACACAUACAUAUCAUUAUUCUCAUCUCGACAACAUAAAGUUUUUAUAUAUGUUGUUUCUUAACUACCCAACACUCAGAUUCAUAAAGUAUUAUUGGUCUCACAAGUCACAAUUUCUUUUUAAUCUCAAAGGCAUCUGAUGAUCACACAAGACUCUUGAUACCUCUUGCCAUUUUAAUCAUCUUGUUUUUACUCUGUGAACAUUAUCUUCAUCGAUCUUUCCAUUUUGUUGAAUAAUUGAUUCAAGAUACCUAAAGCUUUUACUUAAAGAGACAUUUUGUCCAUUCAACUUCUCUUGUUUCUUUCUAGAAUCACUAAAAUUACAUCUCAUAUAUUCAGUUUUAGUCCUACUUAAUCUAAACCUUUAGUUUAUAAGGAUUGUCUCCAUAGCUCAAGUUUAUAAUUAAUUCCAUUUAGGCUCUCAUCAACUAAGAUAAAAUCAUCAGCAAAUAACAUACAUUAGAGAGGUCCAUCAUGUAAAUGACUAGUAAGUUCUUCCAUUAUCAAUGUGAAAAGGUAGGGACUUAAUACGAAUCCUUAAUGUCAUGUGAUCUGAUAUAGUUUUACGCUGUUUAUUAGUGGCCUUACACAACCCUCUACCUUUUUUUAUCCAAACUUGGGACCGGCAUUGGCGGUGUUAAUCAAAGGAUUUUUAACAACCCACAAAUAAAGCCAUAGAUUUUUAUAUGCUGGAAAACAGAAAUUAUGAUUUUAUAAAUGUGUUCUUAUCGGAUUAUUCUAUAAACUUGUUCAAUUUUUUUAUUUAUGGAAAAAAAAAAUCAUAUUAAGUUGGCAGUUGUUGUUCUGGGGUGCUGCCAAACUAUCUAGAUGACAUAGUUGCUGAAGAUGAGAUAUUGUCCAUCCUGAAUGUUCCUCCUAGGCAAAUGGGGCGAGUUAUUAGGAGAAGGGAGCCUUUAUCCAGUCUGUGAAGGAAGCUUGCAAGUAUGCUUUUCAUUUGUACAUCCAAAUAUAAAUGUCUAUUUGAACCCGAUGCUUGUUUCUGAAUAGCCUUAGCUACCUGCUUUAUAAGAUAUUUCAUUUUGCCUUUUGAAAUAUUGCAGUGCAGAAAUCAUUAUCGGUGGUGCAAAGGGGCCUUCUGAUAAGGUCGAGGUUUUCUUGUUUUCAUUCUCUAACGGUCUUUACUCUCGAUGGAAAUCAGUAGGUCAAUGAAACGGGUACCUAGAUAGAAUAAUGUAAAGCAUAUGCUGAGAGAGAACAAAUGUAAUACAACUCAAGCUGCAAAGCCAAGCCCGAUGAAUGAAGUGAUUCACAACAUCUUCGUGUUAAAACAAUUGUUUCUUCAGGGAUCUUAUCUUCAAUGUCACUAAGAAAUACCUAUCACCUUGAAACGUCAAUUCACAAGUAGAAUGUCUCCAAUCAAACCUUGUUAAUGUCCUUAAUAUCUUUGGACAUUGGCACAGUGUUUUGUCCUAACCACCAUGUGUGCAAUUCUAAGAAUUAUGAACUUCUAUACCAGAAACUAAUUACUCUUGUACAGUGAACUUAGUUAUGAAAUGUAUUUAGAGUUUUUAGCAUCUGAGCCAUAAUAAUGCAAAUGCUUCUUGUUUUUGUGAGAUUUACAUAUGUAAUGUAAAGUGGGUGUUUAUACAGAUCCAAUUUCCAGUGUGGAUUUGAGGAAGUGACCAGUUUUGAAAGGCAAGGACAGGAAGGACAUACAUACAUGCUAUAUAUACAUGUGUGUGUGUGUGUCAUAUAAUUGGAUAGCUGGAUUAGCUAAUUUUGGUUCGAAAGUCUGCAAUCUUUCCUCUGUCACUUGAACUUUUGGAGAUGGAAUCUGUGAAAACUUAGCUAUCCUGUUUUGAGUUACUAUUGUGCUUCAUAACCCUAUAUAAUGGAGUUAGUUUUGCAACUAUGCAUUGUGCCCGUGGCUGGAUUCAUCCUAAUUCAGUUAUAUGCGUCUGUCAUGUGUGAUUCUAUCGGUAGUUUUGUUAUGUGUAUCAAUAUGCAAUCUCAGUGUUGAUGUCUUCUCCCUAGGUGUAUUUCAUUGGGCCUGUGAUGCAAGGAAAGCUAAAGCAAUAAUCGGAGGGUGUAUGCUUGAAAUAUAGCUUCUUCCUGUGGGAACUUCAGCUGAUCAUCCUACUAGAACAAAGGAUGGCUUUGAGCAUCUUUUUUUUCUGGAAAAACAAAUUGCAUGAGAUUGUUGUUAAUCUAUUGUAAAAAACAAGUCUAUUGACAAUCUCGCUCAAGUUGUGUUUUCCUUCUCUACAUAAUUGGAUGGCAUAUUAAUUUAAAGGAGUCUGUUCCCUUUUUGUUGUGGUAAGAAUCAUAUGCUUCCACAGCAAACAAAGAACUGCUGUGGUUAUCAUUUUGUCCUUGAUGAUGAAAGUUCAGUAAGUGCUAGGUGAUGCUUUGGACAUUGGACAAUGAUGGAACCAUGUGUUGUAUCCAUGUACCAGAGUUCAAGCUUGUCCACCUCCAGCAUCCGAUGCGUGUGCUAUCUCAUCCACUUCAACUUGCGAUAGGUGUUGGGGAGCGCGGUGUGGGCUGCCGCAAAGCUGUCCACCGGAGCUACUGGUUUAGCGGGCACGGUAGAAAGCGAUCACCAUGUGGCAGUGACGACGGCAGCGGGUCAAUUCAGAUUUAUCGGCCUCUACUCAUUUGUCACUAGUCACUCGUCCUCUCAAGUCAUGUUGUAGAUUCUUCGGUGAAGGUAGAGCCGAUGCCCACUCUUAUUUUCUUGAUUCUUUGUUGACAGUGGUCCUAAGGAGGCGACGCGGAUCUAUGUUGGAGCUUUCCCUUUAAGAUGUCGAACCCAUUGCAUAAGAUUCAGGUAUGUAAUAAUUUUACCCUUACAAAUGGCGUUACUGUUUUCACGUAAGCAUCCCACAAUUCUCAGCUAACUACUUUGUGACCGAGUACAAUGAAAGAUAUGCUCCAAAAGAGGUGUGUCGAUGUUAAUGCUCAAAUCAUUUUAUAGUCAAUGACAGAUUUUUAAGGGAGAACAAAAAACAAAAAAAAAAACAUUAAGCUAUGCUAUUGAGAGAACAUCAGACUUGCCAAUGUGCAUUUAAGUUCCAGAGCUAAAUUAUCCUUCCAAUUAGAUUAAUCUUGAUUUUUGUAUAGGUAAAAAUGGGUAAAGUUUAACCAUAGUGAACAUAUGAUAGUGUAUUAUUACAUAAAUAAUAGGUCUAAGGUCUGAAUCCACGUCAUUUGAUAUAAUAAUUUAAAAAAAAAAUAUUCUUGCCAUGUGUGUUAUUAAAUUGACUUGGGUAAAACCAGUUAAAAGUUGGUUGCUUCUAACUGCCAUUGGACUGGACUGAACCUCAUAGCAGAGAUUGUGGGUAGGAAAAUUGAGUUGAUUAUAGGGUUAAAUAAAUUCAUUGCUACUAAUUUGGAUUGAAAUUUUCUGUGACAUGGACCCUACAAAAAACACUAAGUUUACUUAAUAUCAUAUGAUUAAGCCUGUGAAUCCUAGCAUGCUUAACAGACAACAGAGGAUGGUGCUCAAGCCUCUCACUCCAUGGCUUACUUUUUUAAGUUUGAAAGAACCAGCAGAAGCCUCCAAAAUCAGUACAGGCCUUUUGUCAGCUUAGAAUUAUUCAAUCACCAGUUCUCAAGUCCCAUAUGCUGCCCAUCUACUGAGGUCUCUCGCCUUCUACACCUCUUCAGAACUCCCAACAGAACAAUCCCCUUAAAAAGAAGGGUCACCUCUACAACUAGUAGUGAGCACCAGUUGCCUACCUCUUCAUAAGCUCAGACUCUGAGAGGAGUAAGAAGGCCAGGAAUUUAAUGCUCUGUCUGCUAGCAGAGACUCUGCCAAGUUUCGGUUGUGAAGUUGCCAAGGCAGAAGGCUGUUCUUGCUGCGUCGGCUGGUGAAUGCCAUUGCGAGUAAUCCAAUACGAACACCGGACCACAGAUGCAAUGGAGUUGAUUCAUUGGUUACGUUUACCAUGCUUCUGAGACCGAGUGAAUCAUCAGGUUCUCAAGCUUGAUUGCUUGCUGGACUGAAGAAGGCCUGCAACUCCAAGAACAAGCUGUGAAAUGGAGAGUUUAGGGAACCACUACGACAGCUUUGCAGGAUCCGAUGAAGAGUUCAGCGACAUGGCCGGGAAGCUCGAGCUCGACGAUCUUUUCCUUGCAUCAAGCAUCCAGAGCCAAGAAAUCACUGUAGGCGAAGCAAGCUUAGAUUCCAACAAGAUCGGUGAGAUGGUUGACGUGUCGAUUCCGCCUCCAGAUACAAUGAACCGUACUGUGCUGCAUCUUCAAGAUAUGAUAAGGUUGGAUGCCCAUCCUCAUGAGCUGAUGGAAUCAGGUGCCGUAUGGGGUGAUGCGCUUCUUUCUCAGGCAUGUGCUGCUUCUCAACCCAUCAGCGGAUACUGCAACGCAGCUCGAGCAGAUGGCAUAUCUGCCACCUUUUCCGGCAGCGAGAACUUCCGUAACUUGAGUUGCACUGGCGAUAUUUCUUCAGGGAAGUCUGAGAACCAUGGCUCAUUCGAUCAACACAAAUGGAGUAGGGGUGCAGUGGCCUCCGAGGUCUCUCCUAAUCCACUUCCCAAUGCCAAGAGAAAGUUCGAGGAAUGCACCGGGAUAGGAGAAAACAAGACAAGCCUUCUCCAACCUAGUUCUUUGAAGAAACCAAGACCGGAAAAGCAUUCAGGAUCUUCCACCAUCAACUUCGGUCGGGACAGCAACUACGAGCCCGACACAGAGGCUGUAGCACAGGUGAAAGAGAUGAUCUACAGGGUUGCUGCUCUAAGGCCGGUGACUCUGGAAAUGGUGGACGCAGUGGAGAAGCCGAGGAGAAAGAACGUGAGGAUCUCAAGCGAUCCGCAGACGGUGGCUGCAAGACAGAGGAGGGAAAGGAUCAGUGAGAGGCUGAGGAAGCUGCAAAGUCUGGUCCCGGGAGGGAGCCAAAUGGACACUGCAACCAUGCUUGAUGAAGCUGCCAACUAUCUCAAGUUCCUCAAGUCUCAGGUCAGGAUAUUGGAAACCCUAGAUAACAGGCAUGAUCCAGGAAACAACAGUACCAUGCACCCCUUUCCAUUCCAUCUAAGCCAGGCUUUUGCAGUGCAACAGCUUUAUCCCACUCAGAAACCCUAACCCUAAAGGUGAGGUAUAAAUCAAGUCCUAAGCACUCAAAGAGCAUAUCAUUGUCUUCAUCAUUAGCUUAGGGUUUAGGGCUUAAGUCAGUGCUUAGAAUAAUCCUGAUAUCAAAUGCCCAUCAAGAGAAAAGGUUAGCCUUUUGGAUCCAAUGGUGGUGUUCCUGCUUUUGUAUCUUGGUCACCUUUUUCACUUUGCCAAAACCUCUUUGCAUGUCCAUAAAGCAACCUUGGCCUGUCAACAAACAUUAACAAGCUCUCAACAUACUGCAGAAGCCACAGAUUAAAGUCUUCACCAUUGGCCUUUCCCUGCAGCACCUAUAUAAAUGUCAUUAUGAUUAUUUGUGACUCGUUCUGAGUCACAUGAUCAGAUAUAUUUAAUCUCUCACCAUUCCUGUCUUCUUUUACUUUUCCCAAGUCCGACAUGGCUUGCAAACUUGAGGAAUGGUUCCAAUGAACUAUCAAGUGAAUCAAUUCCAAAUGGUUUCUGCUUGCUGGUCCCUUGGUUGAGGUGGGGGAGACCUGUGUUCGGCUCUCUCCUCCCCUUCCAGUCCCACUACUUUGUUGCAGUUAAGUGUUGGCACUUUUGACUGCCCAAUGCCAGAGACAUUCUCUUGGGGGCCUGCUCAUGUGUGGCAGAGCACAAUGCUUCCUUGAUUCGAGCCAAAGUACCCUUGAGAAGGCCACCAAGACAUUGGUGAGCACAUGGUGGGAAAAAAGAAAGGCUUGCCACUCCAUGUAACUCACUUCUUCUCCAACUUGCUUUCUCUACCAUCUCUUCUUUAUAUAACAGAUUCUUAUCUCAUACACUGAGACAUAGAAUAUGAACUCUCUCUCUCUCUCUCUCUCUCUCUCUCUCUCUCUCUCUCUCUCUCUAUAUAUAUAUAUAUAUAUAUAUAUAUAUAUAAUGUGGAUUGGCUAGCUAGCUAGUGACAGUGGUCCUUAUUAUGUGCCACCUUUUCUGUACUGAAAAGGAGGGUUUCUGCUGCUAUGUGAUGAAGGGUGGCUUCUGUGGUUGGAACUGGAUGCUCAAGUUGGGGUUUGCUAGCUGCUUGACUCAGAUAUUACAAUCCUUCCUCCUGGUGUUGUGUUGUCGCCAA